AUUAGUAGUUUGCUUCUCCGUUCAGUGGACCACACCAGCAUCCCCGAGUGGCUUUUGAACUGCUGCAGGAGCCUUUGUUGUGCUGAUGUCUCCCAGUCAGCUCUUUUAUUCCUGUGUCAGGGGACACUCACCAUGUUGGAUUGGCAGGAUGGGAGGAUGGGCCCCAGUGGGGAGGCCCUGCUCUUGGAUACUGUGCGUGUUCUGUUCACCUUGAGUUCACAGAUCAAGGAGUCAACUCUGGAAAUGUUUCUGUCUAGAAUUUUGGCAUCUUGGACUAAUUCAGCUAUACAAGUCCUUGAAUCAAGUUCCCCAAGCCUAAAGGACCGUCUGAAUGGAAAUUCAGACAUGGUUAGGAGACUUUUGGAAUAUGUCUAUACCCACUGGGAACAUCCAUUGGAUGCUUUGAGACACCAAACCAAAAUCAUAUUCAGAAAUAUUCUCCAAAUGCACCAGCUUGCCUUGGAAGAGUCAGGUUCAGAUUUGGCUGCUGAUGGUUUCAUUUUUCAACUGACUGAGAGUCUUCUGCGAUUGGAAUGGCAUAGUAAAGGAAAGUACACAUGCCUUGGUUGUUUAGUAGAUUACAUAGGAAUUGAACAUAUUUUGGCAUUAGCUAAAACUAUCCCAUCGCAAAUCUUAGAGGUGAUGGGGGACCAGUCCUUGGUGCCUUAUGCAAGUGACCUCUUGGAAACCAUGUUUAAAAGUCAUAAGAGUUGUUUGAAAUCCCAGGCUGUUGACAGCACUUGGAUUGACAAGUGGCAUGAGACUUGGGUUUCUCCUCUCCUGUUUAUACUGUGUGAAGGAAAUCUGGAUCAAAAAUCUUAUGUGAUUGAUUAUUACUUGCCAAAAUUAUUGAAUUGCAAUCCUGAAAGCUUAAGCUACAUGGUAAAGAUUCUUCAGACUUCUGCUGAUGCUAAAACUGGGUCUUAUGACAGCAGAGGGGCUCUGGGAGCUUUGAUGGCUUGUCUACGAACAGCUAGAGCUCAUGGACAUCUUCAGUCUGCAACUGAUGCCUGGAGGGACCUUGUGUCCAGUGCAAGAAUAAAGCAAGGCUUAAUUCAUCAGCACUGCCAAGUACGGAUCGAUACAUUAGGCUUGCUUUGUGAAUGUAAUCGAAGCACAGAAAUUGUUUCCACAGAAGAAAUGGAGUGCAUUCAGUUCUUUAUCACAUACAAUCUUAACAGUCAGUCUCCAGGAGUGCGGCAACAGAUUUGUUCUCUUCUUAAAAAGUUGUUUUGUAGGAUACAGGAAAGUUCUCAGGUACUUUAUAAACUGGAACAGAGUAAAUCCAAACAUGAACCAGAGAAUGAGUUAACCAGACAGCACCCUUCUGUAUCUUUACGGCAAUAUAAGAAUUUCAUGUCAUCCAUUUGCAAAAGUCUUUUUGAAGCAUUAUUUCCUGGCUCUUCCUACCCAACUAGAUUUUCAGCUUUAACCAUUUUAGGCUCAAUAGCUGAAGUUUUUCCUGUGCCAGAAGGUAGAGUCCAAACAGUAUAUCAGCUGAGUCAUGAUAUUGAUGUUGGUCGUUUCCAAACGCUAAUGGAAUGUUUAACUGGCACUUUUGAAGAAGUGAAAAUUUUAGCAUUUGAUCUUCUAAUGAAGUUACCAAAAACAUUUGUACAAUUUCAGGAUUCAGAGAAACUACAAGGCUUAUUCCAGGCAGCACUGGAGCUCAGCACAAGCACCAAACCAUAUGACUGUGUAACAGCUUCCUACCUACUGAACUUCUUAAUCUGGCAGAACGCUCUGCCGUCAUCUCUGUCUGCUUACUUAAAAACUCAGCGGGUUGCAUGUGGAGAUGGAGAUAAGUCUGCUGCUCUGGUGGAAAGUAACACAUUAAUAGUUAUCAAAUGCUUGUUGGAAAAUCUUGAGGAAGAAGUAUCUCGGGCUGAAAAUUCUCUGCUUCAGGCAGCAGCAUCGUUUCCAAUGUACGGGCGGGUCCACUGUAUAACAGGAGCUUUGCGGAAGCUAGCUCUAAACAGCCUGCAGUUGGUGAGUGAGUGGAGACCCGUGGUGGAGAAGCUCCUUGUGACAUCCUACAGGCUUUCCGCCGUGGUGUCUCCAGUUAUUCAGAGCUCCUCCCCAGAAGGCCUCAUCCCCAUGGACACUGAUGCAGAGUCAGCAAGCCGCUUGCAGAUGAUUUUGAAUGAAAUUCAGCCCCGAGAUACUAAUGAUUAUUUCAAUCGAGCUAAAAUUUUGAAAGAAUGUGAUAGCUUUGAUUUGGAGGACUUGAGUGCCAGUGUACCAAAUAUUGAUACUUCUGCAGAAAUCAAAGGUAAAGAAGGAAAAACAUGUGACGUAACUGCUCAGAUGGUGCUGGUAUGUUGUUGGAGAAGCAUGAAGGAAGUCGCUUUACUCUUAGGCUCACUGUGCCAGCUUCUACCCAUGUGGUCUGUGCCAGAAUCUCCUGAUGGAUUAUUGACAGUGGAACAGGUAAAAGAAAUAGGAGAUUACUUUAAACAGCACCUUUUACAGUCCAGGCACAGAGGAGCAUUUGAACUGGCUUACACUGGCUUUGUGAAACUCACCGAAAUCCUGAACAGGUGCCCUAAUUUGAGUCUGCAGAAGCUACCGGAAGAGUGGUUAUGGAAUGUUUUAGAGGAAAUUAGAUGCAGUGAUCCUUCAUCUAAACUCUGUGCUACAAGACGCAGCGCUGGAAUUCCUUUCUACAUACAGGCAUUGUUGGCAUCUGAACCUAAGAAAGGCAAAAUGGAUUUGUUGAAAAUAACAAUGAAAGAGUUAAUCUCUUUGGCUGGACCUACAGAUGACUUACAGAGCACAGUCCCUAAGGUUCAUGCUUUAAAUAUCCUUAGAGCCUUGUUCAGAGAUACACGUCUGGGAGAAAUUAUUAUCCCUUACAUUGCUGAUGGAGCUAAGGCUGCAAUUCUGGGCUUUACAUCACCAGUCUGGGCAGUGAGAAAUUCAUCCACACUUCUCUUCAGUACGUUGAUCACAAGAAUAUUUGGAGUUAAAAGGGGAAAGGAUGAACUUUCCAAAAAAAAUAGAAUGACAGGAAGUGAAUUUUUCUCUCGUUUCCCCGAACUCUAUCCCUUUCUUCUCAAACAGUUGGAAACUGUAGCCAAUACCGUGGACAGUGAUACAGGAGAACUAAACCAUCAUCCCAGCAUGUUUCUCUUACUUUUGGUGUUGGGGAGGCUCUACCCUUCCCCGAUGGAUGGCACCUGUUCUGCUCUCAGCAUGGCACCUUUUAUUCCCUUCAUUAUGAGGUAG